CGUUAUUAUUUUGUAAUUGGCCAGAACAGCCGUCCUUUACUUCGCAGGUUUUUCGUUAGGUGCAGUUGAUAUGAAUCUGGCUGGGAGUCCCAAAGACUCAGAACUGAACAUAGACGUUUAUAUCGACCUAACACAGUUUUAGUUUUUAUUUCAUUUUUGUCUCAUAUUAUAAUUUUUUUUACAUUAGUUGUACAUUUGUGUAUAUAGAUUUUAUUUUAUAUUUUUAUACAAGUCAACAAGAUGGAACUUAAUUCUCUUUUAAUUCUCCUGGAGGCUGCAGAAUACUUGGAAAGAAGAGACAGAGAAGCAGAACAUGGUUACGCGUCUGUUCUACCGUACAAUAGCGACUUUUCCCGAAAGAAAACGAAAGCUUCACCAAUUUCAAGAAAAACUCAGAACAAUAGAUCGUCACACAACGAGCUGGAGAAACACAGACGUGCCAAACUACGGCUGUACCUCGAGCAGCUGAAGGAGCUGGUUCCUUUGGGUCCGGACAGCAGUAGACACACCACACUGAGCCUGCUGAAAAGGGCCAAGAUGCACAUCAAGAAGCUGGAGGAGGCGGACAGAAAGGCUCUGAACACCAAAGAGCAGCUCCAGAGAGAGCACCGCUACCUCAAACGACGUCUGGAACAGCUGGUGAUGCCUGGAGGCGUGGAACGUACCCGAACCGACAGCCUAGGUUCCACCAUCUCCACCGACUCAGAGCAAGAGGUGGACAUUGAAGGCAUGGAGUCCCCCCUGGGCGAGGGUGAGCUUGGCGAGGGGGACAGCGUGGACGAGAGCAUCAGCGACGACGGCCUCCUGGACGGCGAGGAGGAGGAGGACUACAACCUGCAGAGCAGCUCCAGCGACGCCAGCUACACACAGCAUUCCUCCCACAGACUGCAGCCGCACCACUGCUAGGGGCCACCAGGGGGCCCCUGAGGGCCACACCUCCAAUCAGCCCUCUAUGACCCCAGCCCCACGUACCCUGCUAUUCCCUUCCUACCCCCCCUAAUAUUGCCCCAGCACGCACCCCCCGAGCCCACGCUACGCCGUCAUCAGCCACUCCCCCAGCAAACAGCGGCUGUGGUCUCCCCCUCCUCCGCCCAUCCCCAGUGUCCCCAUUGGCGCUUAUUCCCUGGAACCAGGAAGUAGACUGUAGACGUUCCUGUCGGGGCUGACUUCCUGACUUUCUCCUGUCCUAACCCCUACACCACACCCUACCUCACCCCUAUCCUAUCACCCCUUGUCCCGCUUAUCUUGCCUAACCUGACCCCCAGACCUCCCUCACCUCUACCUGUUGUUGUGGCUGCGGGAUCGAUAUAGCAGAGCAGUUUGUGGUUUUGUUGGGGACCUCUGGUGUGGUGGCAGACAGCUUUGACUUGUCAAUGGGAACUCAGCAUGUGUGUGUUUAACUGUGUGUGUGUGUGUGUGUGUGUGUGUGUGUGUGUGUGUGUGUGUGUGUGUGUGUGUGUGUGUGUGUGUGUGUGUGUACGUGGUAUAGGAUAGAACGUUAGCAGGCACACUUUCUGAUGGAGAAAAAAAAGAACGUUCUAUUGGAACAUAUCUCUUGUUAAUCUACAAACCCCAAUCAAUGUUACCAAAUGUACUGGACAUUAGGGUCAAUAUUUCUAAGGGCAGCACAUUGAUAUCUCUCCCUCUGGCUGAGUUCCUUAACCACUACUCCACACUACCGAACACGACACUAGAAGUGGGUCUGAAAUGGCACCCUAUUCCCUAUAUGGUGCAAGUGUCUGGAAUGGCACGCUAUUCCCUAAAUAUUCACACACGGUGCAUCCCCAGAAUCGCGAACCGUACUUUACUUUUCAGUAGCAUAUUGAUGUAGCAAUAAAACACGGAAAGAUAUGAUACUGCUUUCUCAAGCAUUUAAGCGAUUCUGGUGGGUUAAUUUUGUCCCAAAAUGGCGGCAUGGUUGCCCUCUUUUACUAAGUUAUAGAGGGCAACUGGGCAUUGUGGAGUGGAAGACAGUGGAUCAGCAGGAUCAGGCUAACCGUUCCUGUUAUUCACUAAUAGAUCCAUUUAUUACCCUGCUGUCAUCAGUCUACUCCUAGUUCCAACAGUUCUAGAUGUGUGUAUGUGUGUAUGUAUGUAUGCAGGCGUGCAUGCGUAAGUGGGUGUGUGCACGGUCGGUAGACAUUGACAAGUCAAAGCUGUAGAAGUGCAUAAAAAUAAAAAGCCAGCUCUAAUGAUCAGCUCUCUGUAGAGGAAUAGGUAUUGCAUCAAAACUAAUCAUAACAAUGCUUUCAUUUCUCUAACUCAAAGGUAGAUUAAUGUAUUUUCUCUGCUAUAUCUGUUAGCUAGAUACUACUUCUGAAGCUUUGGGGACAUUGUAAAAGACCAAUGUAAUGUAUUAGAAAUGUACAGCACUGUCUCCAAAGCCAUGCACACUAGUAUAAAAUAUUGACGGAAGAGGCAUAUCUUUGGCCUUCUGAACAUUUAACCGUUUAGGCCCGAGUUUCUCUCGUAAUCCUUAGAGCUUGGCAUUCCAACACUUUAAAAAGGGCCAGUCCACAACUUGGCAGGUCUGACCAAAAAAAGAACAACAAAAAAAAUCACAAAAGACUUAGAAAAACGUUGCAAUGAAAAAAAAAAGCUAUCGGUCACUGAAAGUGAUAGUGUAGUCUAUAUUUUCUAUUCUAUUUUCCUAAAUGUUCUCGUUUAACGAAAAGACAAAAAAGAAGAGUAUAUCUAUAUAAAUAUAUGACAGACAGACAGACAGACAGACAGACAGACAGACAGACAGACAGACAGACAGACAGACAGACAGACAGAAGGCCAGGCUAGUUGAAGGUAGAGAGAGUGUAGGACAGGGAGGCUAGGAACCUGGCUGCCCCCUUUUCUCUAGUACUCUCCCCAAUGUCAUUCUGUGCCUUGGUGAGCCUUGGUGACUGUUGUCGUGUGCCCCCCUCCCUCCUCCUCCCUCCAUCCCUACUCAGGUCUUGACCCUGCUACACACUCUCCGAACAUCCACCCCCUUGCCCCCCAGCUCCACCCCUUUUCGGAGUAGAUGAACACUUUGUUUUAACCCCUUCCACCCCAAGCCAAAUGGGGAUGCUGACUCCUCCUUGAGUGAAGAAGGGGCACGUGAAGAACUGAUUUUAGCCCCUUUUGCCUCCAUCGAGUACUCCUCAAGGUGUACCCCUGGCGCGGUUGCCAGGUACGCCCUACCCACUUGACGCCUGCCCUGCCUGCCCUGCCACGCAGCUUAAAGUCAACACUGACCAUACUGGUAACUCCCGAUGGCAGCUUCCAUUCACUCGCCCUGGCUGGUCAUUAUUGGGGUUCAAUCAGUCAACCUAAUUUAGGGGUUUAAACUGCUUAUUUUGUUGUUGUGGCAGCCAUUUUGUUUUGGCUCUGUUUAUGAAAUGCACUUGUUUUUGAACAGGAAACCAUUGGGCGAGGAGAAGGGAGGAGAAAUCCAAUCAAUGAAGGCAGCUCGUGGUGUUCUCCCUCCCUCCCUCCUCCCGGUGGCACCUUCCCUACUCUACUCUACUACCAUAGUUUUACCGUGACCCUGGUGGUCAUGGGGCGUCUCGAGACACAGCAAUAUGACCAUCUUGUGCUUUUUAAAGAAGAAGUAGGCGGUUGGUUGGUAGGCAGGCUUGGGUUUUAAAGAAGAAAAAGCCAGAUUCGUGCUUCGACUCUGUGGUUCAUUUUGUGACCAACAAUGUUAACAUCUCUGUUGAUGGAUUUUACCUCUGAACUCUCUCCAUACACUGAAGGAGGGCGAAAAGAAACUAACCCGAGAAAGAUAAAGUUCUUGAGUUUACAUUCAUGUCAAGGACCUAUGUACAUGACUGUUAGGAGCACAGAUGUACUACUCUUUCAGUUUGCUUUUGAAAUGAACAACUGAGUAAAACUUCUCUUGCACAGAACCUCCCAUCAGCUAAUGUGAGGCAAUGAUUAAGUAAGCGGAACACACGUGGGCCAGAUAUGAGAUUUGUCAUUUUCAGCGACAUCAUUUUCUAAUGCACAUAGCGCACGUUCAGAAAGACUGAGUGGUUGGAGGGCAGGUGUAUUAGCAGGGGAGGAUACUGAUUCAGAUACUGUUACAGAUACUGAAUGUAGGAGCAAAAGAAGUUGAAAAGACGUUAAACAGACAUUUUUUUGGUUGAAAAGACGUCACCUUUUCAACGUCUCGUGCUCACUAGGUUUCAGGGAAUGAGACUGCUGGAUAGUGGUUAUGGAAUGUCUUUCAAUGAUGUGCCUUGAAAAUAACUUUGUUUUCUUUUAACCAGAGAGAUUGUACUUACAGUGUGACAGAGAUUGUUGAGCAAAUCACUUGGCGAUAGGCAUUGAACACUAAAUGUGUUGAUUUGUGAAUGAGUUUGGAAACACCUGGGAAAAGUCUCGAUUGAAAGAUGUGUGGACGACUCUCAACCCUUUCACAAUGCAAAAACGACAUUAUUGUAAAAGUAAUCAAUGGUGCUGUCCAACAAACUUCCUUUAAACGUCAGAGCGGAGCAGAACUGAAAUCUCGAUAGCUAUGGGGGGGGGGUUGACACACUUAUCAAUCAAAAUGUGUUGACUUUUGUCGAAGCCGAGAGGUGGUUGAUCUCUGCUUUAAAAAUCAUCUGGUCUGAAAUGUAUCCAAGUGUGUUUAAUUUUUCUUUUCGAAGCACAGCGAAAUGAUGAUUGAGUCUGUCUGCCAGGCUAUUGCUGCCAAGGGAGUCAGCAGGAGGGUAGAGAGAGAGAGAGAGAGAGAGAGAGAGAGAGAGAGAGAGAGAGAGAGAGAGAGAGAGAGAGAGAGAGAGAGAGAGAGAGAGAGAGAGUAGGAGAGAGAGAGAGAGAGAGAGAGAGAGAGAGAGAGAGAGAGAGAGAGAGAGAGAGAGAGAGAGAGAGAGAGAGAGAGAGAGAGAGAGAGAGAGAGAGAGAGAGAGAGAGAGAGAGAGAGAGAGAGAGAGAGAGAGAGACAGAGAGAGAGAGACAGAGAGAGAGAGAGACAGAGAGAGAGAGAGACAGAGAGAGAGAGACAGAGAGAGAGAGAGACAGAGAGAGAGAGAGAGAGAGAGAGAGAGAGAGAGAGAGAGGUGAAAUAAGGUUGAGGCUCAGACCAAACAAGCGAAGCCUGUAUAGAGGCAAGGGAAAAGUCAACAGACGGACAUACACUCAAACCUGGGUUCAAAUAGUAUUGUGAAAUCUCUGAAAACACUUUAGCUGUGUUUGAUUGUGGCUGUCUGCAUGUUUUUAAUGGAAUGGGCCCAAAAGAGCAAAUCCCACCCAUCUGGCUGGCAGGCAGAUUUAACAAGCAAAGUAUUUGAAAUCUUCCUAUUUGAGCUCAGGUCUGACAGUUACUUUCAGAGACAAAUAGAACCCAUUCCUGUCCUCUGUCCUCUUCAAGUGCAGCGCUAUGAACAAACAAUCGAAUAAUGCUGGAACGAAAACCCGAUUCCUGCCAAAUAACUAGUCACUUUGAUUUUCUUUCCACCCCCUUGCAGACAGUCAUCAGACACCUAUGGAAUCCCAUCUUAAAUUAGCUUUAAAAGCAACAGGAAAUGUAGAUUUUAGUCCAAGUGUAUCAUUGUCUCUCUUUUUAAUCCCUCACUAACCCUUUACUGUCUUUUCUGUUUCUUUCUGUGUGACAUUGCUAGAGCACCGUCUGAAGAUAGGAAUGAUUUUUUUCCUCCUUUAUGUUAAGAGUUCUGCGAUCGGUCUCUUGUUGUCGUCUUGUUGUCGAGUUGGCAUGAGAGAACUCUUAGUCCCGAGGGUGUUGUGUGUCUCGUUGAUAGACAGUUUAGGGGCUCCGGAACUUUGGCCAGAGGGGGGCUGGUUGAGAUUAGGUUCAGAGGGAGGGAGGGAGAGGAUGAAGGGGGCUGAGGGAGCUUGGCAUCGUAGUCAGGCAAAACACUGAGUAGGGAGAGUUCUGUGCCAGAGACCUGUGAAUAUGUUCCUUUAAUAGCAGAUGUUGUACUAUGCUUUCAAAAGAUGUGCUAUAUUAUAUAAGUUCCUAUGUAUGGAUACAUGAGUUUACCUGGUGCUGGAUAACAUUUUGGCACACACUUGAAGGUAUUACUGUGUAUUCUUUAAUUGUAAUAUAAUAAAAAAAAUGUUUUUUACA